CAUACAUGUAGUAGCCCAUGGUCCUAUUUGCUAAAUAUCGACAUCUGGACAUCAGAAAGGAUUACCAUUAAGAUGAAAACGUUGCUCGUUCUUCUGUUUGUACUGUGUUUUCAAAGAGAAGCACUGUGUGAUUGUCAGUUCCCCGCUGAACUUCAUGGGGAAUGGUUCUCCGUGGAGAAUUCUAUUCCUCUCCGCCUCGGUAUCAGCGGGAAUUUCUGGAACGAAAUCUCGGGACCGAAGGACUCUCAAGCCAGCUACAUGACAUGUAAAGACAUCUUUAUUCAUCCACCCAGACCAGAGCAAGACGGUACACAGGGAAACAACAUGACAGUAUUGAUGGAGUACCACAACAUGAAACAUAUGAACGAAAUUGAUGGGACCGUGAACGUUUGUGUGGAUAUUCUUUGGAGAUCAAUUAAUGUUGUCCAAUACAGGAAAGAAUACAUUGUGACAUUUGAGGGCCAAUACGUAAGCAUGUUUAACAUCUGUCCCUCCGUAACGAACGCUUACAAGGGGGAGUUUAACUUACCUACGACACUGGAAACGACCACCAUGUACCGCUGGAUGAGUUUUCCUAUGAAAUGUUCAGAAAUAUUUCAACCUGGUGUUUACCAGAUUGAUUAUGAAAAACAUUGGAUGAAGGAAGUCUGUAGCAAUUCUCCAUGUCUACUAACUGCCUGCCCAACUCGAAGAGAGGACAAACUUGUCUUGUCGUAUACAGCUUCUGACGACAACACAAAAGUUUUGACCUUUGACUGCCUUGGGUCUUGGAAAGCUACUGUGAAUGGACGAGAGUACACUUACGCAGCUCUACGGUCCUUAGAUAUUAAUGGCAUCGAGGAAAGCUACAAAUGUAUGAUGACAAAUAGAAACGCAAAGUUUCCAGAUGGCAAAGAACGAUGGGUGAUGUCAACGGACUGUAACAAGUUGUACAACACUGUAUUCGCAUCAGAAAAACUUACAAUUUCAAAAGCUUCUCCAGGGAUGAAAUGUGAAAAAUAAACCAUCAUGCUUUCAACUUUGGGUUGAAAGUAUAUGAAUCUCCAUUCUGAUUUUUCAUUCGUCAUUCUCUGGGCUGUUCAGAGAAGAAUCCCUUGUG